ACAUUUAAAUGGGCUCUGGCCCCUGGCAGGUUAUUCGUUCAGGUGUUCCAUGGCUGCUGGCUAGCCUCUCCCGCAGGUAUAUAUACCUGCCCGAGCAUACCUGGCCAAAGCUAGUCCACCUGCCUUCACACUGGCCAAAGUCUCGCCUCUCGCUGACUGUGUCAAACGUCCUUGUUUUUUGGAGGUCCCAUAAUGAGUUCUCUGGACAGUGACUUUCAGGAUGCCAUCGAUGUUAUUCAGAGGGACGCAGAUCACCUGUACCACGAAUCAGGUAUAAAUCACUACGUGACGCUGGAGUGUCAGCCUCCACCAGGGCGUCAGGGGGCAACCUGUUACCCCUACACCCCCCUCGUCACAUCCCCAGUAGCCAUGGCAGACUGGGGCGAAACAACGUCGUGGCCCCAUAUUGUGCCUGAUCUGUCUCUGCCUCCACCUGGGCACUCAGAACCCACACAGUUCUACCCGGUCAUGCAGCUGUCACGCAGCAGGAAAGGACGCAAGAAGCUGCGUCUCUUCGAGUAUCUCCACGAGGCCCUUCAUGACGCCAACAUGGUGGACUCCAUCCAGUGGACGGACCGUGGUUCCGGAACCUUCCACUUUGUAUCCAAGAACAAGGAGAAGCUCGCGGAGUGCUGGGGCCGCCGCAAGGGCAACCGCAAGACCAUGACCUACCAGAAGAUGGCGCGUGCCCUCCGCAACUACAGCCGCACCGGCGAGAUCGUCAAGGUCCGGCGCAAGCUCACCUACCAGUUCAACCCCGCCAUCUUGCAGCGGCUGGGCACCGGGCAUCUAGCGCCACCUGCUGGGCACUCUGUGGGGCACAUGCCUAGAGAGACGCUGGGCUCCCAUCAGCACUCCGUAUCGGCCGACAUGGGGUACUAUGCGCCGUCCGGGUCCGAGUGGCAGGUCUGGUAUGGACAGCACUCCAGCGCCUACCAGGCAGAGUACGACCUCGCCACGGUCCUGACGUCAGCGGACGGAUCAAAGAUAUGAGUUAUUACUAAAUGGCCGCCUGGCCACUGUGACUAUACAGGGAGAAUUAAUUCAGUUCGGUCACUCAGUUCAUUCAGUCUAUCAGAGGGACUCAUUCAUAGGCGCUUUCCCACCGACGGGAUUUUUGCAGUACCUACAACAUAAUGUUCCUAUAACCAUUUUUUCCUGGUGUUCCGACCGGACACAUUUGUGGAUUAUUAAGUUCCUAUGGCGCCAGUUCCUGUAACUCUUUCAGCUCCUACUUCAGGGCAGGGACUUUUCCCUUUUCCCUUUUUUGCAUAGGAACCCUUGUGACCUAGGUCUUCUUUGAUUGGUCCAACUUAUAAGUCACGCCCACUGUCAACCCACGUUGAAUGGGCAACCAGUUCCUAUGGCCACUUGUCCAGUGCGAAUGCAAAUGGCAAAACUUUGGAGGAGAGUAGUUAGUAGAACUGUUUAGAAGUAAAAUGGCUUCAUCGUGGCUAUUCACCUUAAUUAUUAUCAUCUACACCACAUGGGAAAGAAAAGCAUGUUUAAAGCAGUGUUUAAGGUUCUAUUUCUUCAUCAGGGUCUCUUGUAGCCUGUUUUCCUUGUUGGUUUUUGUGCAAUUGUGUACUGUUUGUGUUCCUGCAUUCACAUAACAAUGGCACAAAAAAGACUCUUGAGUGCUGGGGCACCGAUGUCUUGUUCUUGUGAAUAGAUGUGAAUAAAUUGUCUCAGGAAAAAAAACGUAUUUCGAUUUUUGAGAGGAUGAAGCACAAACAAGCCAUUGCAAAUAUCAAAGAGUGCUGUUGAAUGCAGGAUAAUUGUGAAAAGAAGGGAAAAAAACAUCACCAUCUCAGGCACUGUAAAUAUGUUCCACUUCGAUGUCUAUCUUUUUUUUACUCUAUAAGUCUAAGAGUCUUUGUUAUUUCUGG